GCUGUCCAUUGUGCACGAGCCAGCUCAGAACUGACGUGAUAAUGGCAAAGGUGAAGCAGGUGGGCUUGCUGGCAGCAGGCUGUCAACCCUGGAAUAAAGAUGUGUGUGCUGCUAGUGGAGACCGCUUCGCCUACUGUGCUACUCUGGCAAUAUACAUCUACCAGUUGGACCAGCAGUACAAUGAAUUUAAGUUGAGGUCCAUCAUGUCAGAGCACAAGAAGACGAUAACAUCCAUCAGCUGGUGUCCUGACAACCCUGAUCUGUUUGCAUCAGCCUCUGCUGAUAAUCUGCUCAUUGUAUGGAACAUAGCAGAACAGAAGACUGUAGCCAGACUGGACAAUACUAAAGGUGUUCCUGCAUCAGUAAGUUGGUGCUGGAACUUUGUUGAUGGAGUGGCGUUUGUGUCCCAACGCGGCCCGCUGUAUAUCUGGGUAUAUGGAGGUACAGACCCUGGGGUCACAGUGCAUAAAGAAGCCCACUCCUUCCUGUCUGAUAUCUGUCUCUUCAGAUGGCACCCCACCAAAAAGGACAAACUGGUAUUUGGACACACUGACGGAAGUCUGUCUGUUUUUCAGCCAGGGACAAAAGGCCAAAAGCAUGUGUUGCGUCCAGAGUCAUUAGAAGGGACAGAUGAAGAGGACCCAGUCAGUGCUCUAGAAUGGGACCCUUUGUCAACUGACUAUUUACUAGUAUCGAACCUCCAUAAUGGCAUCAGGCUGGUGGACAGCGAGGCCUUGGCUUGCAUCACAUGCUUCUGCUUCCCCUCAGCUGCUGCAUCAGUUCAGUGUUUAGCCUGGGUUCCCUCUGCACCAGGCAUGUUCAUCACUGGAGACUCCCAGGUCGGAGUGUUGAGGGUAUGGAAUGUGUCUCGCUCCACCCCUUUGGACAGCUUUAAGCUAAAAAAGACUGGAUUUCAUGCUUUGCAUGUCCUGAACUCGCCACUUGCCAAGAAAGCUCAGAGUUCCUGUUCUCCCAGUAAAAGUCACCACACCAGUUCCACCAGUGAGGCAGUACCUCCCCCAACCCUGUCUCAGAACCGGUCCUUCUCUCUGCCUCCUGGCCAUGCUGUGUGCUGUUUUAUGGACGGUGGUGUGGGACUCUAUGAUAUGGGGGCCAAAAAGUGGGACUUUCUACGUGACUUGGGUCAUGUAGAGACAAUUUUUGACUGUGAAUUUAAGCCAGAUGAUCACAACCUGCUGGCCACAGCUAGUUUUGAUGGAACCAUCAAAAUCUGGGACACAGACACACUAACAGCUGUUUACACCUCCCCCGGCAAUGAAGGAGUGGUCUAUUCCCUGUCCUGGGCUCCAGGAGACCUGAACUGCAUUGCAGGUGCAACAUCUCGUAAUGGAGCGUUCAUCUGGGACGUCAGGAAAGGAAAGAUCAUCACUCGCUUUAAUGAGCAUGGUAAGAACGGUAUAUUCUGUAUAUCAUGGAGCCAUAAAGAUUCUAAGAGGAUUGCUACUUGUAGCGGAGAUGGAUUCUGUAUCAUCCGGACCAUCGAUGGUAAAAUCCUCCAUAAGUACAAACAUCCCGCUGCUGUGUUUGGUUGUGACUGGAGCCAGAACAACAAGGAUAUGAUAGCAACAGGUUGUGAGGAUAAAAAUGUCCGUGUGUACUACCUGGCCACCAGCUCCGAUCAACCUCUGAAAGUCUUCACUGGGCACUUGGCUAAAGUAUUCCAUGUUCGCUGGUCUCCACUUAGAGAGGGAAUACUGUGCUCUGGAUCAGAUGAUGGCACUGUUCGUAUAUGGGACUACACACAGGAUGCGUGUAUCAAUGUGUUGAGUGGUCAUGCAGCUCCUGUCAGAGGCUUGAUGUGGAACACAGAGGUUCCUUACCUCCUCAUUUCAGGUUCCUGGGAUUAUACGAUCAGAGUGUGGGACACAAGAGAUGGGACAUGUCUAGAUGCAAUCUUUGACCACGGAGCUGAUGUCUAUGGUUUAACAUGUCAUCAGAGUCGUCCGUUUACCAUGGCCAGCUGUAGUAGAGACAGUACAGUGAGGCUUUGGUCCCUCACACCCCUCAUCUCUCCACUGCUGUUGAACAUCAUCACCAACCAGCCUUGGGAAAAGAUAAUAGGAAACACGGACACAGCCAUGGUUCCCGGGUCUCCACCGCUGCUCUGUGGUAAAGUGUCUCGAGACAUCAAACAGGAGCUGGAUAAAUUGAGCUCUGACAUCAUGGCCAAGAAGCUCCGAUGGUUCUCUGAAUGCUUUUUGCCCCCAGGAGGCAGUAACAAUCUGUGGGACUUGGUGUCAGUCAUUAACGGCCAGGACGACUCACUGCUACCAGCCAGCUACAGCAAGGGAGUGAUGCACAUGAAACAUCUGCUCAAGUUUAAAACGUCUGAAGCCCAGGAGCUCACUUUAGUCAAUAUGUCUAAAUUUGGAGGAGGUAUUGGAGCUCCCAGUAAAGAGGAGAGGCUGAUGGAAGCAGCAGCCAUCCAUGUGAGACUGGGACAGAUUCAACGAUACUGUGAAUUAAUGGUGGAGCUGGGACAGUGGGAGAAAGCAUUAUCUGUGGCACCAGGAGUCUCCAUGAAGUACUGGAAGAAACUCAUGCAGAGGAGAGCUGACCAACUGAUGGCUGAGGAUAAUGAUGACGCUAUCCCAUACUGCGUCGCCACAGGAGACAUAAGAAAACUUGUAACUUUCUUCACCGGCCGUGGACAACUGCUAGAGUCCUUAAUAAUAGCACAGGGAGCAUGUGAAGGCAACAUUUGUCCACCUGAAAGCUCCCCAGUUAACCACACAACUAAUGAUGUGGAUAACAGACUACAAUACCAGAGUCUCCUCCAUAAGGUAUGUAAGGAACUAGCUGAGUGGUACUUCCAGGACGGAGGCUCUGUCCGGGCGGCAUGCUGCCACCUAGCUGUGGACAACAUCAAGUUUGCCAUGUCGAGUCUUAUCCGAGGUAAUGAGCUGGAGUUGGCAGCAUGCGUGGGUAUUGUCCUAGGAGAGGCAGCUAAUCAGAGCACUGCAUACAGUCUUGAACUCUUGGCCAGGAAAUACAUGAGGACAACUACAUGGGAACUCUCAGCUGACCUACUGCGAAUGAUUCCUGACAACCACAUUCUAUUGGCUAAGCUGUGUGCAUUUUACCCAGGAAGUGUCACUGAAAUCAACCAAUUUCAUGAAAGUUGCGGUCUCCCUUCAAUAGAGGAAUGUAAGGCCCUGGCAGAAGCAGCCAUGUGUGAAGGAGAUUUGUUUUCAGCAGUAAAAUUCCACCUGCUGAGCUCUGAACCAGAGAAUGCCCUGAGGAUAGGGCUAGAUCAUGUUAAAGAACAUCUGAAUCGACCUGAUUGGACAGUGGAUAUUGUUCAACCAAUCCUGGCCCUGUUGAGUUAUAUCAGAACUGACUGCCUCAUCAUGGCCAAGUUGACUGGGGUCCGCAGUGAGCUGUUGAUCCUGUGUGGUUACAUUGGAGGUUUGCUGGCCAUCAGAAGACAGUACUUUAGCAUCGUACCUGCACUCUAUGAAUACACCAGUCAGCUGUUGAAGCGGAGGGAAGUGUGUGUUCCUCUGAAGGUUGAGCAGCUGUCUGUGGAGCUGGAUGCCUGGCGGGCCUGCACACAAAGUAACAGCAAUACUUCAUCAAAGUGUCAAAGAGAGGAGUUUAGCUGCCUCGACAGGAGAAUCAAACCAACACACCCUGUCCUUUGUGGUGCUGAUUAUGUGACGGGCUCCAAUCUGCCAAGCCACUCAGAUGUUCAACUGUCGUGUUUCACUGGACACAGAAUACAGGGUGCAGUGUUUUUGCUCGAGGAUGAUAAAUCAGCGAUCUCUCUAAAUGAUGCCUUAAUGUGGGCAGAAGUCAAUCCUUUCUCCCCUCUGGGAACAGGACUCCGCAUCAACCCCUUCUAAAACAGACACACACACACACACACACAAAGAGAGAGGACAUUACAAGGAAAAGAUUAAUAGAUUGGAAGAAGAACAAUUAAAACAGAGCUACAAAUAUUUGUGUGUGUGCUUCAGCUAACAAUUAAAUUACAUUUUUCAAUGUAAUUUAUUUUUUAAUAUCCCAAAACGUCCCCAAAAAAACCCUGAAAAGGGAAGUAACCUCCGGGAGAGCAACAUAGGAGGAUCUCUCUCUCCGGUGGACAAUAGAUGUCCUGUGUACAGAAUGAACAACAAAACAGAGUUAAAAUCUACUACCAAAAAUAACAGUAACAAUGGGUGAAGUAGAAUAAUAACGAUAAUUAAAGCAGUCAUGGUAUUGGCAAUAAUUAACUAAUUGCAAUGCAACAAGCAAUAACAACGAUAAUGGCGGGAGACGAGAGGGCACAAAUACUUCAGAAAAGGAGCAAAGUUAGUAAUGUGCAUUAAUAGGACAUGAAUUCAUACAGAACAGAGUAGAGGCGCUCAGUAUAUCCUAAGAUCUCUAGGGGCUGGACCAGGGCAAACCUGAUUCACCCCUAACUAUAAGCGCCAUCAAAGAGUAAAGUCUUAAGUCUACUCUUACAUUUGUUGACUGUCUGCUCCCCGGACUAAAAAUGGAAGCUGAUUCCAUAGAAGAGGAGUUUGAUAACUGAAGGCCAUGGCUCCCAACCUAGUUUUUAGGACUAUAGGAACCACAAGUAGCCCUGCAUUCAGUUACUUAGAAUAAUACAAAAAUAAAAUGCACAUAGUGAAAACAGCAAAAACACUAAUGCUGCAAUACAGAAAUAUCAAUAUUAAUUAGUAAUGCUGACUAAAAUGUGAAAUGAUUUUUCUGAAGAAUCUAAAGUGCACUGCUGAAACUAAAUCCGAAUUGGAAGAUAAACCAGAAAGAAGCAGAGAAAAUAAAUGCAUUACGAGAAAAGAAAAUUACUUUUCCCCUGAAGGGUUAUUUGGGAGUUUUUCCUGAUCCGAUGCGAGGUUUUGGGGCAGGGAUGUCUAUGUGUACAGAUUGUAUAGCACUCCGAGACAAAUUUGAAAUUUGUGAAAUUGAGCUCUACAAAUGAACUGAAUUGAAUUGAAUUGAAAAGAUGGAAGUGAAACAUUGGAUGCAAAAUGUCAAGGGUAAGAAUAAAAAUUCAUUACAUAAAGCUCCAUUUUAUUAUUAUUUGUGCUUUAAAAAGUGUAAGCAAUAGAACAUAAGCGUACUUGUACGUAAAGAGCAUUUGGUGUUUGCAUGUAAACAGCUAAAACACAUUUUGAAGCUCUGCUGAUGUAAUUUAAAAUGAGCAAAGUUCGAAGCUUAACUGCAUUACCUAAAAAAAAGAUAAGUUGAUAUACAAUGCUAUAAAAGCUGGAAGCUAAACUGUAAUUUAUUAUCACAGGUGGAAGUUGAAACUGAUUGACUGACAAGCCUCGAUGAAGGAAUGCUUUGUGUUUUUAAGAAAAAGGCUUAAAAGGUAGAAAAAAGUUAAAUACAAGCAAAAAUGUCCAUUAAGAGCAAUAUGUUUCUGUAUGCAGAAAUAAGUAGUUGACAGAAAAACAUAUGGCUAAGAAUACUUAAACGGCUGUUAUCUUUUGGGACUUAUUUUGUUCAGCUUACUGUAUGGUUGUUCCUAAAGGGUGUAAAGCACCACUAACCUAACGUGUGCGUCUGCAGAGGCUUGGUCUAGGACGCAAGAACAAGUAAAAUAGUUUACUCUUACUCACUCUCCUGGCCAUUGGUACAUUCGUCAGAGGCAGGGUUGCCAGGUCUGUGUGACAAAACCAGCCCAAUGGCCAAUCAAAACCAGGCCAAUGGCCAAUAAAACAAGCCCAAAAAACAAGCCCAAUUUCAGAACUCAAAAUAUGCCUGUGCCAAACCAUAUACACUGCUUUUAAAGUCCAACAUCAUUGCCAAAUGUAUUGUAAUAUCUACAAAGUAACACCAAAUGGUUAGUAUGCCAGCAUUAAAAGCAGUUUUCCCGUAAGUUAUUUCACCUAGGUCCUAAAAUGGCCUUGUGUAAUUAGAUACAGUAUAUUAUCAUAAAUAAAAUAUAGCUCUGUGAACGUGUAGACCAAUUCACUGACGGACAAACUAACCUGUUGCUUUGUCUUGAGGCUUUCUCUUCCCUUUUCUCUCUUCCACCCUGCCUGGACAACAUGAAUGUACUGUUUUUACUUCAUAUGCAUUUACUGUAGUUAAUGCAAUACCUUAUUUCAACUGAAACACCUUAUUUUUAUCAUAUACUUAUAGUUCAUACAUGUGUAAAUAGGCUAUGCAUUUACUGAAUUAAAAUAAUUUCAGCUUA